GUAAAUUUGUUUGAGGGCAAAACUGUACAUUUCUCUCCCUCUCUGAAACCAACAUCAAUUUUCAUCUCUCAACAACAACAACAACAGUAACAACUCUGCGAUUACUCUUCUAUAACACCUUUGUUCUAGUAUUAAAAGAGAAGAUUUAUAACAAUAUUAGCUUUUAUUAGUAAGAAGAAGAAGAAUUUCAAAUUGUCGAACCAGAACAACAAUCAUCAUCCGAAUCACAACAACACUCUCAUUACAGUAUUAUAAUAUAAUGCAAAUAACAACAACUCAUAGAAGAAAUAUAAUAACAUCAUGAUAAAACCAACAUCUUAUUCCGCUCCGGCAGCAUUUGAGGUGGUAAUUCCACCUCCCCUCAAUCUAUUGAAUAGAAGAGAGUCUUGCAUUGAGAAUUGUUAUGGAAGUAAUCAAAACUCUGCUCGAUCCAACAAGUCAGUGAAGAGAGCAUCAGAACAUCCAACAUAUAAUUCUAGCAAAUCUUCAGAAGCUGAUGAUACCAAUAAUCAAGCUCAAGCCAGGGGAAUACCCAGGAGGAAGUUGUUAGUUCUCAAUAUUCUGCAACAUCAAUUGGCAGAAACGAGACAGAAACGAUUGGAGGAACAACAGCAAGAAUACAUUAAGAAUGUAUAUCAUCAACAACAACACAAACCAAACAAGAUGACUAUUAAUCAUGACUUGAUUGUGGAUGAAAAACAAGUGAAUAAUGGAAUGUUUUCAGAAUUGAAGAGUUUUCUGCAUGAUGAUUCGGUGCAGUUUCCAUUGCUUAAUACACAUUCGCAACCAGUCAUUGGUCAACAACAACAAUUGUCAACUCCACCACCACUCCUCUCCACUCAAUCUCUCAAUCAAGUCAUUGGAAAUUCAACAAUGGCAGCAUCAACUUCCAAUAUAGAACCAACAAAAGCUCCAAUUCUUCCAUUCAAUAUUGAUUUGGAUCUCAAUCCAAAAAAGCAAGAAAAGAAACACAAACAAUCCAAAGAAUUCUGCGCCAAAAUUAUUGGUGUGCCCUCAAGUUACACAAUUUCCGACAUUCAUGACCUAGUUCUGGAAAGAUGUAGUAUUAUUUGUAAUCAAAUAUGUAUUAAGGAGAAACGAGGAAAACGAACAGCCAUUCUGGAUAUGAAAUCUAAAAAAGAGGCACAAGAAGUGAAAAAGAAUAUUGAAGGAAUUAAGGUUGAACUUCAUGAAUUGAAAGUGAGAGUAAUCAUGAAGAAGAAGAAUCAAGCAGCCAAUUCCUCAUUAUCAACUACCGAAAACACCAAACAAUCAAAUAAUUUACAAAUUGAUUACAAAAUUACCGAAUCUGUAGAGGAUAUUAUUGGAUAUACAUUCUCUAACAAGUCCUAUCUUAUGAUUGCCCUCACUCAUGGUCAUCCAACCUCUCAAACAUGGAUACCCUUAGGAAAGAAACUCUUACAUACCUAUUUGGAUGAAAAUAUUUUCGAGGAGAGUUCGUCCUUUAGUAAACUUGUUGCUGAGAAGAAUGACAUUGAGCAGGGAGUAAUACUAUCUACACUGAUGAGACUUCACACCAUCAAUAGAUAUCUCCGAAAGCAUGGAACCAAUUAUCAAGUAGUUUCUGCAACAGACAUGGCAGAUUGCUUUCUCUCACUCAUGUACUCUAUUAAGGAAGAUUGUCAUGGAGCUGAAGAGGAGAUUAAAAUUUCACUCAUGAGAAUGUAUCACCCAUUGGGAUGUCUUGUUUGUGCAAACAUUACCGAGGAAGAAAUUGAGAAAUUGAAAAGAGGAGCCACAGCUGAUUUCAAACCAAGUGUUUCUGCUCUUCCAAAAGAUGUGGGAAAUCUCUUAACUUUAGGAAAUGAAAUUAAUUACGAGUUACUAAUCUCUGAGGAGUAUUUAGGAAAAGGAUUACAUUUUGCUGCGAGAAAAACCAAUUCACCCUCUUCCAUCAAGACCAUUAUAAGGAAGGGUGCUGAUCCAGAUUAUAGAAUUGGAGGAUACACCCCUCUCAUGGUUGCCAAAUCUCCUGCCCAUUUGAAGGUUCUCAUACAAGCAGGAGCUAGACUCGAGGAAGUUUCACAACCACACAAACUUUCAGUUAUGGCCUGUGCUGUGGAAAGAAAGAGUCACUCCAUUGUGAAAUAUCUAAUCAAUCACCAUGAUUAUGCUGUGGAUGAUCAGGUGAGACCAGCUUGUGAGCAUGCAUUAAGUAUGCUUUCAAAAAUGACGGAUGAAAAGAAGAAGAGUAAAAUGUCUCUAAUCAUCGAGACAUUACAAUCUUUUCUCUCAGAUAGAGAGUUGUAA